AUGUCCGGCAAGCUCCGCUUCUACGCAUCCCUCCUUUUUGCAGUAUCGUCCGUCCUCGCCGCGGCGGCCUCCGAUGACGUCAAAAUCGCCGUGUACUGGGGCCAGAACGCCAGCGAGGGCACGCUCAGGGACACCUGCAGCACGGGCCUCUACGCCUACGUCAACAUCGCCUUCCUCUCCACGUUCGGCGACGGCCGCGCCCCGGUCCUCAACCUGGCCGACCACUGCGACCCCCCGUCGGGGGGCUGCGCGUCCCUCGCCACCGACAUCGCGUCCUGCCAGUCCGUGGGCGUCAAGGUGCUCCUCAGCAUCGGCGGCGGCGCGCUCGGCGGCUACAACCUGUCCUCACCGUCGGACGCGCAGGGCGUGGCCGCGUACCUCUGGGACAACUUCCUCGGCGGCACCGGCGUCGCGGGCGCGCCCCGCCCGCUCGGCGGCGCGGUGCUCGACGGCAUCGACUUCGACAUCGAGGCCCCGUCCCAGUACUACGACGACCUCGCCCGGAACCUGACGUCGCUGUACAGGGGCGACGCGCGGGGCCGGGCGUACAUGCUCACCGCGGCGCCGCAGUGCCCGUUCCCGGACGCGUCGCUCGCGACGGCGCUCGGCACGGGGCUGUUCGACCACGUGUGGGUGCAGUUCUACAACAACCCGCCGUGCCAGUACGCGCCCGGCGACGACGCCGCGCUGCGGAGCUCGUGGCGGCAGUGGACGGCGGGCCUGCCCUCCGCGACCGUGUUCCUGGGCCUGCCAGCGUCGCUGGACGCCGCGGGCAGCGGGUUCGUGGACGCGGACACGCUCGCGUCGCAGGUGCUGCCGGCGGUGGAAGGCGCGCCCAACUACGGCGGCAUCAUGCUGUGGAGCCGCUCCUACGACAAGGAUACUGGAUUUAGCGUCAAGCUGCAGGGCAUCUUGCAAAACCGGAACGAUCAAACAGGUACUGAUCGUGUUACUCUGUCAGACGCUUUUGUAUUCUUGUUGACGUCGUCCCAGUCAUAA